AUGGUAAUAAGAAUACGCCUCGCGCGCUUCGGCAAGAAGCACUCACCCUUCUACAACAUCGUCGUCGCACACGCCCGCACAUCACGCAACGGGCGCCCCCUCGAAGUCCUGGGAACUUACGAUCCGACACCCCAACCGCCGCGCCCCGGCGACACAAAAGGCCGGCCCUGGAAAGACAUCAAGCUGGAUAUAGCACGAGCGCGGUACUGGGUCGGUGUGGGCGCGCAGCCAAGCGAUACGGCGUGGAGGAUACUGAAUAUGGUAGGCAUUCUGGAGCCCAAGUAUCGAAUCUUGCAGGUGCAGGGGCAGGUGGUUAAGAUGAAUUCGGCAUUUAAGAGUUUGGUGCCGGAUGAGGAGAAGAAGAAGAAGACAGAGGCGUAA